UACAUACAUAUAUAUGUACAUAUAUAUACAUCCUUUCACCUUGGGUCGAGUGUCACAUGUAAAUCGGAAUUUAACUCAAUUUUUACUACAUUAGUUCGCCCUGUGAUUGUGUGAGGAGUCUUGCGUGGUUCGUUCAGUCGACAGUUUCAGUCAAUCGAAGCCAUGGCCGAUGAGGGUGAAGGCGGCAAGGAGGGUGAAAAGAAAAUCCUCCACGUCUAUCCUCUAGUAAAGCACUCGGACAUGAAUGAGGAAAUGCGAACGGAGGCCAUUGAACUGAGCAUCACCGCGUGCGAGAAGUAUUCGUCAAACUAUGAGCAAGCAGCCAAGAUCAUUAAGGAGACCAUGGACAAGAAGUUUGGCAUCUAUUGGCAUGUGGUUGUUGGCGAGGGAUUCGGCUUUGAGGUAUCCUAUGAAACAGAGAACAUUCUGUACCUAUUCUUCGCCGGCAAUCUGGCCAUUGUGUUGUGGAAGUGCUCUUAGAGAGCGAGCGAGUCACCAAUCAAUCAAACGUACCUAGAAACCUCCCAAAGAGAAGUUUAUUUUUGUAUUAACUUGAGUUUUACAUACGCGAAUACAAUAUACAAACGGCGUACCGUACAGUUAAUGGACUCAAAUACGCACAAGUAGCAGCAAAUGCGGAUGACGGAUGAAGAAGGAACCAACCGACCAAUACGUGUGAUUUCCAUGGUAACUUUGGCAACCCCCAGCCCUUCCUUCCGUUUCGAUGUUGCUUCGUGAGAAAAGAAUUUAAUUUUAUUACGAAAUGUACCUAGUCGCUAACAUUUUGAAAACACAAAUCAUAAAUUGUUGGUAUGCACAAAACGAAAA